AUGGCGUGCCCGCAUCUUGAGUCUAUAGCUGCAGCGCUCCAGCCGCCUGCGCCUUUCAACUCCGUUUACCGAGAAGACUGCACCCAGUGCUUCGACUCCAUUGACGACUCUGCCGGUGUCGAUGUUUGUCUCCAGUGCUUCAACGGCGGCUGUGCGGGUGACCGCAACCAUGCACAACUCCACCGACAGCUUUGGAGCCACCCGCUCGUUCUCAACAUCCGCCGCACUCGCAAAGUCGUUGUGCGAGAUGAACCUCCCCUGAAGAUGUCCAAGCUCGCCAUCGCCGCCGAGACCGAGGCCGAUCGAUACGAUACCAUAACCACUGUCAAGUGUCUCGAAUGCAACCAGGAGCUGGACAAGACGAGCGACAAGCUUGCCCACAUUGUGGACGGCAUCAUGAAGGCGAAUACCUUUUCGAGGAAGGAGGAGGUAAAGGCAUGGGAGCAGGAGCUUACGAGCUGCGAGCACAUCCUCCUAAUGCAGCAGGCCGAAUCACGAACCAUCCAGUCUGGUGAUCUUGGACACUGCUCCGCAUGCGAUCUGCAUGAGAACCUGUGGCUUUGCUUGGAUUGUGGAAACCUGGGCUGUGGGCGGAAGCAGAUGGGCGGUGUCGACGGUAAUUCUCACGCCCUCGCACACUCGGAUCAGUCCGGUCACGGCGUCGCUGUCAAGCUUGGUUCCAUCACCCCCGAGGGAACGGCCGACGUCUACUGCUACAAGUGCGACGAAGAGCGAAUUGACGGCGAUCUUGGCCAGCACCUGGCACACUGGGGCAUCAACCUGGCGAACCAACAAAAAACGGAGAAGAGCUUGACCGAGAUGCAGAUUGAGCAGAACCUGCGCUGGGACUUCAGCAUGACCACAGAGGACGGCAAGGAGCUUAAGCCUCUGUUCGGCGCUGGUUUGACCGGCCUCAAGAACCUGGGCAACAGCUGCUACCUUGCCAGCAUCGUUCAGUGUCUCUUCGAUACCCCUGCCUUCAAGAACCGGUAUUACUUGCCCGACCGCGACCUUCCCAAUAUACAGGAGCCUGCGGCAGACUUGGAGACCCAGCUUCGCAAGAUUGCAGACGGCCUGCUCUCGGGUCGGUACUCAAAACCCGAUUCAGACGUGGCUGCAUCUGAGCACUCGCCCGAGAUCUCGCACCAAAAGGGCUUGGCCCCGGCCAUGUUGAAGCAUCUGAUUGGAAGAGGCCACGAAGAGUUCUCGACUAUGCGGCAGCAGGAUGCUUUCGAGUUGCUGCAGCACAUUUUCAAGCUUGUCACUCGGUCUCAGCACCCCUCCGAUCUCGGCGAUCCGACCCAGCCAUUCCGGUUCACUCUGGAGCAGCGGCUGCAGUGCCUGGGAUGCAAAAAGGUGCGGUAUUCAACUAACGACCAAGACAAUAUCUUUAUCGACGUUCCUUUAGAGAAAGAGCAGGCUGUCGAGGGUGAGGAGACCAAGGCAGACGCAUACAAGGCCGUGACUCUCAAGCAGUGUCUCGACAACUUCACGGCAGAGGAGGUCGUUGAGCUGACCUGCUCCGCAUGCGGCAGCAAGGAUGGCUACACUAAGCGCUCCUUGUUCAAGACUCUCCCCGAGAACUUGGUCGUCAAUGCCCGAAAGAUGGCAGUCAUCAACUGGGUCCCUGUCAAGAUUGACGUUCCCGUCAUCGUUCCCGACGAGCCCUUCCUCCUGGACGACUACCUUUCCAAAGGUCUGCAGUCCUCUGAAGAGACCCUUCCCGACGAGCCUGAGAAUAGCGCUCCGGCUUUUGUUGCCAACCCGGAAGCUGUUAGCCAGUUGGAGGCCAUGGGCUUCGGACGCAACCGCUGCGACCGAGCGCUGCACGCUACUGGCAACUCUGACGCCAACGCUGCCAUGGAGUGGUUGUUUGGUCACAUGGAAGACCCCGACAUUGAUGAGCCCCUCGUUUUGAGUGGUGGCGGCGGCGCGGCAGCCGGAGGAGCGUCGGCAGAUCCGGAAAAGAUUGAGAUGCUCGGUGCCAUGGGCUUUUCAGUACCCCAAGCAAAGAAGGCCCUACGUGAGACGAGUGGUGACGUGGAGCGAGCUGUCGAGUGGCUCUUUAGUCACCCAGAAGACCAGGGCAUCUUUGACGACGAAGCCCCAGCCGCCGGAGCUGAUACUGCUGCUCCCAAGACGGACGCCGGCAGCGCGGCUACUCCUGCAAAGUACCAGCUCCAGUCUAUUGCCUGCCACAAGGGCACAAGCAUCCAUGCUGGUCACUACGUCGCCUUCGUUCGCAAGGAGGUCAACAACCAACCCACUUGGGUUCUUUUCAAUGAUGAAAAGGUAGUCGAGGCGGGCGAGAUUGAGGAGAUGAGAAAAUUUGCCUACGUCUACUUCUUCAAGCGUGUUUAG